AUGGUUUUAUUUGAUUCGGGUGCUACGCACUCAUUCAUUGCGGAGGAUUGUGCGAAGAGAUUGGGGUUAUUGACUGCUGACCUACCCUUCGAUCUGGUGGUGACAACCCCUGCCGUCGAUCGAUUAGUUACACGCACGGCAUGCUUGCAAUGUCCGUUGAUUUACGAGGAUCGGAAGUUCUUUGCGAACCUCGUCUGUUUAGGGCUCAAGGAGCUGGAUGUGAUUUUGGGAAUGGAUUGGUUAGCGCAAUAUCACGUGCUCUUAGAUUGUGCUAACAAGGCUGUAGUAUUCCCAGAUCCCGGCGUUACGGAUUACUUAAAUUCGUACAACUUGGGGAAGGGUUCACCGGCGUAUGUGAACUCUAUCGUUGCGGAGGCGAAACACGAUGGUGAUGUGCGCAAUACCUUGGUGGUACAUGAGUAUGACGAUGUGUUCCCAGAAGAUGUACCCGAUUUGCCACCAGUCAGAGAGACAGAGUUCUCUAUUGACAUUGUGCCCGGUACUGGACCAAUAUCAAUGGCACCUUAUCGUAUGGCCCCAGCGGAGUUGGCAGAAUUGGCAAAGUAG